GUGAAGACAAGCACUGUUUGUUAAACACAACACACAACCGCUAGUUUGUGAUAUAUAUAUAACUGGAAAACAAAACCAUCUCCAUCUCCUUUUCUUAUUCAUUUCCAUGGAUAACCUUUAAUUCAAUUCCCUCUAUUUCCUUCUCCAAAUUCUUCUAUCUUAUAGUCAAUCAAUGGGUUUAGCUUCAGCCAUAUACACUACCACAUUUCAACCUCCUCUCAACAAAUUUGAUCCCGUCUCCCUUAGGGUUUCACCUCCCAAGUCUACCAGAUUUCACUUGUCUCCUUCCCCCUCUUUUACAAUCCAUUUACAUAAUCACAGAGUUCCUCAUUAUUAUCACCCAAUUGCUUGCUCCAACGGCACUCAACACGACAAUGAUUUUUCCACUUCAGAACCUCCUCAUUCACUGGAUGAACCAGAUGAGAUAGAUACAACUGACCCACAUGGAGAUUAUACUACCUCUGUUAAAACUGUUGCUCUAUGUGUCUGCACUGCUGUUGCUUUUGGCAUUGGUAUUGGUUUCAUUGAUGGAGUUGGUAAAGCUUCUGAGUUCUUUGCUGGGUAUAUAUUGGAGCAAAGUUUGUCAGUGGACAAUCUAUUUGUCUUUGUGCUGAUUUUCAAAUACUUCAAGGUGCCACUCAUGUAUCAGAAUCGGGUGCUUUCGUUUGGAAUUGCAGGCGCAAUCAUCUUUCGUUUGUCAUUAAUACUACUCGGGGCAGCUACUCUUCAGAGGUUUGAGGCUGUCAACUUAUUUCUGGCUGCAAUACUCCUGUACUCUUCAUUCAAGCUAUUUGCCAGUGAAGAUGAUGACACUGAUCUAUCUGACAACUUUGUAGUGAAGACAUGCCAGAAAUACAUCCCUGUCACAUCUAAUUAUGAUGGGAAUCGCUUCUUCACGAAUCAAGAUGGCGUAUGGAAAGCCACACCUUUACUUCUCACAGUAGCAGUUAUUGAGCUCAGUGAUAUAGCAUUCGCAGUUGAUUCAAUUCCAGCUGUUUUUGGUGUCACGCGGGAUCCUUUCAUAGUUUGUAGUUCCAAUCUCUUUGCCAUCUUAGGUCUAAGGUCGCUUUACACUCUCAUUUCUGCGAGUAUGGCAGAGUUGGAAUAUUUACAGCCUUCCAUUGCUGUUGUUCUAGGCUUCAUUGGGUGUAAAAUGAUCCUCGAUUUCUUUGGGAUUCAUGUAUCAACGGAGGCAUCGCUUGGUGUUGUUGCAACAAGCCUUUGCACAGGCGUGGUGUUGAGUUUAUUAAAGAAGUCGGACUAGGCUAUCGGAGUACAGGAAAAGUGAUAACCGUGUUCCGUAAAUACUUUUUGACACAAUAAAGCAGCCGAAGUGGCGGACUUCUAUUUUCAUGUCAAGAGUUCAAACAAUCAUAGAGGAAUAGGAGAUGUUCUUUUAAGCAGGAACUCAUAAUUGAUGUUCCUUUUCAUGUAAAAAUUAUAAUUGGUUUGGAGAUGAAACCUUGAGGGAUCAUCUUGUAAGGUAUAUCUCACCAAAAAGAUGUAGUUUUUAAUGUAUUUAAAUGUAAUGUACUUAUCUGAAAUUAAUCACAACCAGUAAGUUGUUUGAAA